CGGGCGUGACGCGGCGUGCGUCUGGAGCGGCUCCCGGAGGCUCAGCCUGCGCCGCCGGCCUCGCCUUCCUUUCUCCGUCCGCAGCUCGGCGAGACGCGGCCAGGGGCGCCCCCAGCCCGCGCGGGGCCCGCCGCACCAUGACCGAGACCACCAAGACCCACGUCAUCCUGCUGGCCUGCGGCAGCUUCAACCCCAUCACCAAAGGGCACAUUCAGAUGUUCGAGCGGGCCAGGGACUACCUGCACAAGACUGGGAGGUUCAUUGUCAUCGGCGGCAUUGUCUCCCCCGUGCACGACUCCUAUGGAAAACAGGGCCUCGUGUCGAGCCGGCACCGCCUCGUCAUGUGUCAGCUGGCCGUCCAGAACUCCGACUGGAUCAGGGUGGACCCUUGGGAGUGCUACCAGGACACCUGGCAGACCACCUGCAGCGUGCUGCAGCACCAUCGAGACCUCAUGAAGCGGGUGACCGGCUGCAUCCUGUCCAACGUCAGCACGCCCUCCAUGACGCCUGUGAUUGGGCAGCCGCAGCAGGAGACGCCCCAGCCCGCCUACCAGAACAGCAAUGUGCCCGCCAAGCCCACGGCAGCCAAGAUCCUGGGCAAGGUGGGCGAGAGCCUCAGCCGGAUCUGCUGUGUGCGCCCGCCCGUGGAGCGCUUCACCUUCGUGGAUGAGAACGCCAACCUGGGCACGGUGAUGCGGUACGAGGAGAUCGAGCUGCGGAUCCUGCUGCUGUGUGGGAGCGACCUCCUGGAGUCCUUCUGCAUCCCCGGGCUCUGGAACGAGGCCGACAUGGAGGUGAUCGUUGGGGACUUCGGGAUCGUGGUGGUGCCGCGAGACGCCGCCGACACAGACCGGAUCAUGAACCACUCCUCCAUCCUGCGCAAGUACAGAAGCAACAUCUUGGUGGUAAAGGACGACGUGAACCACCCCAUGUCCGCGGUCAGUUCUACCAAGAGCAGGCUGGCCCUGCAGCACGGGGACGGCCACGUCGUGGACUACCUGUCCCAGCCCGUCAUCGACUACAUUCUCAAGAGCCAGCUGUACAUCAACGCCUCCGGCUAGCGCCUCCGGCCCGCCGCUGCUCCACCCCCUCGGCGGGACGCGGACCUUCGAGAACCGGGGCUCUCCUGGCCGGGGCGUCUUGCACAGACUUUCCUCUGGUCCCCGGGAGGGGUGGGUUGGGGGGAGCAGGGGCGGGAGCUGGAGGAAGUGUGGUCUUUGGAGACGCACUGGGGUCUGUCUCCCAGCAUGCUCUGGGGAGGCGGCUCUGAGCCCAUCCUCCCAGCAUGCUCUGGGGAGGCGGCUCUGAGCCCAUCCUCCCAGCAUGCUCUGGGGAAGGGGCUCGGGAACCCGUACUCCCAGCAUGCCCUGGGGAGGCGGUCCUGGCUCUCGCCUUCCCAGCAUGCCCUUUGUCACAAAGGGCUAUAUUUUUCUUUUGUUUUAUUUAUUGUUUUUCCUUUGUUCACGUCUCCUGGAACUUGGAUGGAA